GUUUAGUAGCCCUUUUGCUUUAAUUUCUCCCUUUUCUUCUUAAUCAAUUAAGCUAAUUUGUGUGCUAAGCAAGAAUCAAUUAGGAAGUUUCUUACAAACUCCCCACAUUUUAAAAAAAAAAUCUCUUUAAUUUCACUUAGCUACUAUAAAUUAACUCAUAAUUACACCAUUUUCUUAAUUCCUCUAAAUUUAAAAAGAAUGGGCGUUGGAGGAACAUUAGAGUAUAUAUCAGAGAUGAUGAGUAUUGAUAAGCCAAAGAAGAAGAAGAAGCAGUUUACUACAGUGGAGCUUAAAGUUAGAAUGGAUUGUGAGGGCUGUGAAAUGAAAGUCAAAAAUACAUUAUCUUCCAUGAGUGGAGUGAAAUCUGUGGAGAUAAACAGGAAACAACAGAAGGUGACAGUAACAGGCUAUGUGGAAUCAAACAAAGUGUUAAAGAAGGCAAAGUCAACUGGAAAGAAGGCAGAGAUAUGGCCUUAUGUCCCUUACAAUUUGGUAUCCCAACCAUAUGCUGCUCAAGCUUAUGACAAAAAGGCGCCUCCUGGCUUCGUCAGGAGGGUCGAUCAGUACCCAACCACGGGUACUGUUGCGAGAUAUGAUGACCCUUCCUAUGUCAACAUGUUUAGUGAUGACAAUCCUAAUGCUUGUUCCAUCAUGUAAUUAAUUAAGGUACGAGAAAGCUACUGAA